CCGGCGUCGGGGCAGGGGCGGGGCAGGGAGGCUGCGGGUCUUCGACGGCGCGGAGCGCUCCCCUCGCUCAGUCUCCGCACGCACCGCGACGCGGGGGGCCGGUGCGCGCUCCCGGGCCUGGGCCUUCUCGCUCCGGCGCCUGGCCCCUGGGCGGGCUGGAGCCCCGGAGAGCGGAGGCGUGGACCUGGAACCCAGGAAAGCGGCGAUGGAGCGGAGACCACGGAGGAGGUCGCGGGGCGGCGCGCGCUCGGCGCCCGGGCGGGGCCCCGCGGCCGGGCCCCCGCGGUCCCCGCGGGGCGCGAAGCUCUGGCUCUUCCCCAGCGCCCCGGGUCUCCGCAGCGCGCUGGCCGGGAGGACCGAGGCGACCCGCCAGAUGUGCUGCACGGGCGGGCGCCUGGCGGUGCUGGAGCGCGGCGGGGCCGGCGUGGAGGUCCACCAGCUGCCGGCCGGGAGCGACGGCGCGAGGAAGCCGAAGUGCAUUAAGUUAGGAAAAAAAAUGAAGAUACAUUCCAUGGACCAAGGAGCAGAGCACAUGCUGAUUCUCUCCUCCGAUGGAAAACCGUUUGAGUACAACUACAGCAUAGAACAUGCAAGGUUUCAGUGCAUUUUACAAGAAAAAAUUAUAAUUCAGAUCACAUGUGGAGAUUAUCAUUCUCUGGCACUCUCCAAAGGUGGUGAGCUUUUUGCGUGGGGAGAGAACCUGCACGGCCAGCUGGGCGUCGGAAGGGGGAUCGCCUCGACCCCCACACCCCAGAUGGUGGAGCAUCUCUAUGGGGUCCCCUUGGCUCAGGUCUCUGCCGGCGGAGCCCACAGCGUGGCCUUGUCCAUGUCCGGAAACGUUUACUCCUGGGGAGGAAAUGAUUUUGGACAGCUGGGCCUGGGCCACACUGACGAUGCAGAUUUUCCUUCCCGUAUCGAAGCACUGGACGGUCAGCACGUUGAAUUUCUCGCUUGCGGAGCCUCUCACACGGCCCUGCUCACAAAGGGUGGGCUGGUGUUGACUUUUGGUGAUGGAAGAUGUGGGCAGCUCGGACACAAUUCAACACAGAAUGAGUUAAGACCCCGUUUGGUGACUGAGCUUGUUGGGAAGAGAGUGACCCAGAUGGCGUGUGGAAGGGAGCACACACUCGCCUAUGUUUCUGAUUUGGGGAAGGUGUUUGCUUUUGGUUCUGGAACAGAAGGACAACUGGGAAACGGUGGAACACAUAAUCAGCUGAUACCACGUCCCAUGAAAUUGCCAUCAAAUGAAGAGCUCAAAUUUGAAAGCCGCACCUCAGAAAAGGAGUUAAUAAUGAUUGCUGGAGGGAAUCAGAGCAUUUUGCUUUGGAUGGAAAAAGAGAACUCCUAUGUUAAUCUGAGGAGGAAAAUUCCUACCUUAAAUGAAGGCACUGUAAAGAGAUGGCUUGCUGAUGUGGGGACCAAACAGUGGCAAAACACAAAAAGGGAAAUCAGAGAGAUAUUUUCAUCUCCUGCAUGUCUGACUGGAAGCUUUUUAAGGGAAAGAAUAACCGGAGGAAGGACGUCUGUUCAUCUGGACUUAAACACAGCAAGGACCGCCCUGAGCGAGCUGGCCCGGAAGGACUGCAUCACCAACACGAUAACCGCAUGUCUCAGGGAGAAUCUGCUCAAAGCACUUCCGUGCCAUUCUCCACACCGAGAAGCUGUCGAGGUUUUCUUCCUUCUCCCGGAGUGUCCCGUGAUGCAUGAUGACAACAACUGGGAGAGCCUGGUGGUUCCAUUCGCAGAGGCUGUUGGGAAGAUGAGUGACCCGUCAUCCGGGGUCCUGGAGGAAUAUUGGGCAUCUCUAGGAGAAUCUGCUUUCAUCAGACUGGUCCAGAUGUUUAAAAGAGCCAUCGUCGCUCAGCUGCGUUGUUGGACUAAAAGCGCCGAGAGUAACUGUCACAUUAAAGCUCUCCUGGAACUUUUGAAAAAGCUGCACAGGGUCAACCAGACUAAGUGUCACCUGCCUGAAAGCAUCUUCACAGUAAACGAACUCACAGACUACCUUGACUUUCAUGAAGAUGCAUAUAGGAGGUCCUUUUGGAAAGUGAGCUCAGACACUUCAGUAGACAUCCAGUAUCCUGUCAUAUUCAGUCACUUUCCAUUUAUCUUUAAUAUUCUGUCGAAAAUUAAACUCCUGUAUGCAGAUUCACUUUUAAAAAUACAGCAGAAGAAAAUACGAGCCUAUAUGCCGUUGGCCGGCAUCCUGGGACAAGAAGGGUCUGAAUUAGCGCUCCCGCCCACCUUGAAUCUGCUAGUGAGAAGGGGUCACUUGAUCGAGGAUGUGUUCAGUCAUCUAAGUCGAUACGAGAAUGAAGAUCUGAGGAGAGAGUUACUGGUGUCCUUCAGUGGAGAAAUCGGCUAUGACUUUGGAGGGGUCCGGGCAGAGUUCUUCCACUGUCUGUUUGAAGAACUGACCCAGCCGGAGUACGGCUUGUUCACGUACCCCGAAGACGCUUCCUGCAUGUGGUUUCCUGCCAGGCCUAAAUUUGAGAAUAAGAGUUAUUUCUUCUUUGGGAUUCUUUGUGGACUUUCUUUGUUCAAUUGCAAUGUUGCCAACAUCCCUUUCCCACUGGCUCUGUUUAAGAAACUGUUGGACCAAGAGCCAUCGUUGGAAGACUUGAAAGAACUCAGCCCUGUUUUGGGACAGAGUUUGCAAACACUCCUGGAUUAUGAAGACGACGACUUUGGAAAAAUAUUUCAUGUCCAUUUUAACAUGCACUGGGACAAAGACAGCGUGGACCUAAUUCCUCAUGGAAGUGACGUCAUCGUUGACCAGAGUAACAAGAGAGAGUAUAUUUCUAAGUAUGUUGACUACAUCUUCAACAUCUCUGUGAAGGAAGUUUAUGAAGAGUUUCAAAGAGGAUUUUACAGAGUGUGUGACAAGGAGAUUAUUGAAUUUUUCCAUCCUGAAGAACUCAAGGAUGUCAUUAUUGGAAAUACAGACUAUGACUGGGAAACAUUUGAAAAGAAUGCACGUUAUGAGCACGGGUAUGACAAUUCACAUCCCACCAUAGUGAUGUUUUGGAAGGCUUUGCAUAAACUUACAUUGGAGGAAAAGAAGAAAUUCCUUGUGUUUCUCACAGGAACUGACAGAAUUCAAGUAAGAGGUUUAAAGAACAUGAAGAUAACAUUUUGCUGUCCUGAAAACAUGAAUGAAAAAGACCCCAUCAGAGCACAGACCUGUUUCAGUGUCCUCUACCUCCCGAAGUACUCCACGAUGGAGAGGGUCGAAGAAGCCCUCCAGGUGGCCAUCAGCAACCACAGGGGAUUUGGCUGAGCCUCCCUCACACUCCACCCCUUUGGAGGAAUAGCUUCAGAAAUUAACAUUAACUCAGAACUUAACCAAAGAGUCUUGCUGACUGUUCGGUGUGUUUUCCUGUUUUUGUUUUUUUUUUUAGAAUUGCUGUUUUUGCAUGUAAGUUGUAUUAACAUGGAUACAGAUAAGGCUGUUAAAACAAAGUGACCCUGAAACAUAGGGCAUUAAAUGAGACUGAAGUUGUUGGGGUUUUUUUUCUCCUAAAUGCCUGGGUAGUUUGUCCAGGGUUGGUUUUUUUCUCCCUCUCAAACUGCUCUGAUAAAAGUCAACAGGUGACUUUAUUGUUGCAAAUUGCUUUUUUCUUUUUUUUUGGCUGCGCCUGAAGCAUGCAAAAGACAUCAAAACCUGCGCCACAGCAGUGACAAUGCUAGGUCACUACCCACUAAGCCACCAGGGAACUCCCAUGUUGCAAAUUUCCCUGGAAACGUUUCACUUCCAUCUACAGUGUAUGUUUUGCAUUUGAAACCGCUGACUCCUUUCUCCUCAGUUCCCGGGAGCUGUAGCCUUUCUCUUUCUUGGCUGCUCUCCCAUUUCCUUUGCAUGCUUCUCCUACACUCGCUUGACCUAAAGUGCUAGUGUAGCCAUCCUUUCUCUGCACCCACAGCUACUCCUUCCCGACGCCAUGGCGUCAGUUACCACGUCCAUGCUCGGGUAACCUCUCUCUUCCCUGCAGGAAGUGAUGUGUUCCAGCACCACAGCUGUCUUUCUGUGUAGUCUGUGUGUCUACCUGCACUCCCCUGGGCUCUUUUACCCCAACAUGUUGACAAAGAAAAUGGUUAUCUUCCUUGUAUUCUGAAGGUUGGAAUGGUGCCACCAGUAUCUCCGGCAACCACCUUGCCUUUCUCCCUCUUCUUCACCCUCCACAUGGAAAAAAAUCAGUCGAGUCCGGACAGUUGCCAUUCUCCAUCUCCUUCUGAGCCCACUGCCGGUGCUGUUUAAGUGCUCCUCACCUCCCACCCCAUCGCUGCAGUCAUCUCUCAUUUGUGCUCCUUGUGUCGAGACAGCACUGUCUACCAGAACCUUCUGUGAGCCUAGAAAUCUAGAUAGACCUGCACCAUUGAAGAAGACAGACCCCUGCUGUGGGUACAGCUUAGGUUUUGAAGAAUUCUGAAGAGAGGAAACUUCACUUGGGAGGAGGGGGAGAAAAAGAGUGUGGAGCUUUGCUGUCCAACAUGUGGCUAUUUAAUAUUAAGUGAGAUUUAAAAUUCAGCAUCUGGAGUUCCCAUUGUGGCUCAGAGGGUUAAGAGCCCAACAUAGUAUCUGUGAUGACACAGGUUCAAUUCCUGCUUGCUCAGUGGGUUAAGGAUCUGGCAUGGCUGUGGAGUAGGCCGGCAGCUGCAGUUCUAAUUCAACCCCUACCCUGGGAACUUCAGUAUGCUGCAGGUGCAGCCCUAAAAAGAAAGGAAAAAUUGUUUUUCUUUUUUUUUUUUUGUCUUUUUGAGGGCUGCUUCCUGCGGCAUAUGGAGGUUCCCAGGCUAGGGGUGGAAUCGGAGCUGUAGCCAUAGGCCUACGCCAGAGCCACAGUAACGCGGGAUCCAAGCCGCAUCUGCAACCUGCACCACAGUUCACAGCAAUGCUGGAUCGUUAACCCACUGAGCAAGGGCAGGGAUGGAACCUGCAACCACAUGGUUCCUAGUCGGAUUCGUUAACCACUGCGCCACGAUGGGAACUCCAAAAAUUGUUUCUCUAUACCAUCUGAAAAGUGGCACUGCCUGUGGUCCAGUGAGUUAGCCACAGGUGCCACCUAGUGGCAAGCGCAGAAGAUAGCAGUCAUUCACCACAGCUCUGCUCCCAACCCUUCACUUCCUUUGUGCUGUUAGUGGAAGAUGCGGUAAAGAUCCCAAGACAAUUUUUUAUACGUAUCGUCCUGCAAAUAAAUAAUAAGCCUUUUGUCAUGUA